CUGAAAUACCGGAGUGCGCUCUUCCGGACAUCACUAAGACUGCUGCAGAGAUGCUUGGAUGAUGCAUUCUAUCAUAUAUCACAAAUAAACCAGACUAUCUUCCACGUACCGACGCCAUAACGAAUGUUUGUUCAUUUUAAAAUAGCCUAUGAUAUCCAUGGAAACGCACAAGUGAUCUUGGCAAUCCCGGUAUCCUUUGGAAGUUUUAAAACAUCAAUAAUCGUUAGACGCCACAGAAAACUCGACAUGAAUGUUUCACACGGACUGCUGAACCGGACGAUCUCUACAGCGAAGCAUCCUUUGGAAAGCGUCCGAGGAUGCUGCAACUUCUCGGUGAUCACCAGCGACGGGUUCGGUUCACCGAUUCAGGACGAGCGCGAUCAGUUCAUCAUGCGUUUGGUGCAGAUAGCGGUUCUCUGUGUGCUGUCACUGACUGUCAUUUUCGGCAUCUUUUUCCUAGGGUGCAAUCUACUCAUCAAGUCCGAGAGUAUGAUAAACCUGCUGGUGGAGGACAGAAGACCUUCCAAAGACGCGGAAAUUAUUAUGAUUGCUGCAUGAGUGGAAUAAACGGUGUGCUGUAAAUCACCAGUGACUUAACUGACACAAACUGCUCAUCUUUAAUAAAAGACACCUGUUGGUAUGAUUUCCAUGUCAACUGCUAAACUAAAUGGAUUUUUUUUUUUUAUAGGCUAUUUCAUCUUGGACUAGAACCAUUUAAUGUCGCAGACAAUGAAGACCGGAGUCUUGAACAGUGCGUUCAAAUUUUUUUUCUUAAAAAGUGUUAAAUAUUUUUCUGCAUAUUCUAUCAAAACACAUUUCCAAGAAAGCACCUGAAACAACAAAAGCAGAGAAAGAUAACCAAAUUCAUUAAUCAAGGAUGGACGAUUCCAAUUGAGAAGAAUUUGUCCCUUGUUUUGUAUCUACAUUGGCUGAAUUGAUUUAUGUGACUUAUAAUUUGCAUAUAUUGAUUCCAUUAAAGUAAUUCGAUCAUUUUUAAUGGGUUAAAGAAAGAUCAUUGUGUGUA